AUGGCCGACCGUAUCCGAGCUUCCGUCCCGUCUUCAGCGCCCGUCCCGUCUUCAGCGUCCGUUGCCAGUGACGUCGGUGCUUUUUCAGCCGCUUCAGUCGACUCGAUGCCGUUCUCAAUGGCCGCCAAACGCGCUGCCGCCGACGCCUUCGAGGGCGCGAGUGGUGAGGAGUUCGAGUCCAACGGAUCCAGUGAGCAGACGAUCGACGGUGACGUGGUGGUCCGUCCUUUGGUCAAGAAGAGCAAAUGGAUUGACGAGGAGCUUCCGGAUGUCGAUGAGGAGGAGGAAUUUCCACAGCAGAGGGACGAGAGAGACGACGAGGAGUUGACUCGGGACUUGGUAGUGGAUGGAGAGAAGGAGGGGAUGGAGACGGUGACGAUGGACGAGGGGGUGAAUUCACGCGUGCGAAGCGGGAGUCAGGAGAUGGAAAGCGUGGAUCUGGGUACAGGGAGAAGCAAGGAGGUGAUUGAGUGGAUAGAAGAAGAAGAGGAGGAGGAGGGAGAGGAAGAGGUAGCUGAGGAAAGGAAGGUGCUGGCUGGUCGAAGCUGUGGCAUUGAUAUUGUGGAUGUUGAGGAUGCUGAAGAGGAAGAGGAUGGAGAUGGCGACGGGUAUGAGCAGUCCAGUGAUCGCGACAUUGAAGAGGAGGAGGAAGAAGAGGAGGAGACGGCGCAGGUUAUUGGACGGGCUCGGAAUCAGAGAGAAGCGAGGCAAUUGUUGCAGCAGCUGGAUGGCUCGACGCGAAGCAAAUUAUGUCUGACGGUGCUGGAAAAGUACGGAGAGGAGCUUUUGUACGGACACGAAGAUGCACGAGAUGCCAUUUUGGUGGACGCCUGUGCUCAGGAAUCGGCGUUGUCGUUGGUGAGGGACGCUGUUCGGAUAAGGGACUUUUACGCGAGGGGGUCGUCGGCAGAAGCGCCAGUCGUACUUGAUGACGAUGAUGAUAAUAAUGAUGAUAGUGUUGAUGAGGAUGAGGACGCCGUGGUACUGGACGAUGGCGAUGUUGAAGAAGAAAGAGAGGAUGAAGCUGGAGGGUAUGAAGAUGAAGUAGAGGAUGCGGAUGAGGAUGGCGAGACACUUGCUGGUGGGGAUGAUGAUGAUGAUGAUGAUGAUGAUGACGUUGUUGUUAUUUCAGAGGAGGAGGUGAAAGAAACGCUGGUAUGCGAGCAAUACAGCGAGAGUCAACACGCUGGACCUACGACCGAUGACGUCAGAUGCUGCGAAAGUGGGAAGAAUGGCGACGCAUGCUUGGAAGAUACCCUACAACCCGUUGACAAUGUUGGCGGUGGUAAGCUUGACGAUGAUAAAUACAGUGGUGACGACAACGAAAAAGAACAAGACAUGGACGGUGGAGGCGUGGCACUAGGUGACGACGGUGUAGCACUAAAUGGCCAAGGCAUGGAUCCAGGUGUUACAGAUGAAGCAGACUUAUCAGCGUUGCAAGUGCCGAUUGCUGACACAGCCACAUGA